CCGGAAAGCGGCGCGUUCGCGGUUGCGUUUAAACCGCGCAGGCCCGUGCGGCUGCUCUGGCUCCGGGGCCGCGAUCCUCUGGAGCUCUCCUUUAAUCUCCGCCCGAACUGCCCUGCCCCGCCAUGCCGAUCCGCGCAUACUGCACUAUCUGCUCCGACUUCUUCGACAACGAGCGGGACGUGGCGGCCGUGCCGUGCGGGCACACCUUCCACCAGGCCUGCCUCUUCCAGUGGUUUGACACUGCACCAAGCCGGACAUGCCCGCAGUGCAGAAACCAGGUCAGCAAAAGACACAUCAUCAGUAAGCUGUUUUUUGAUGUUACCCUGGAGGAGCAAGCAGCACCAGAUGCUGAGACCUUGCAGAAUGAACUGGACAACGUGAAGGCCCAGCUCUCCUUGAAAGAGAAAGAAAAGCGGGAAUGCCAGGCUGUUGUGGACGGGCUGAGGGAGACUCUGGAUGUGCGCAAUGCCACGGUAGAGUCACUCCAGAAGAUGCUGGGAGAGACAGAGAUGCUGUGCUCUUCUCUCAAGAAGCAGAUGAAAUUCCUGGAGCAGCAGCAGGAGGAUAACAAAAGUUCAAAGGAGGAGGCCCGCCGGCUGCGAAACAAGCUGAGAACCAUGGAGCGGAUCGAGCUGUUGCUUCAGAGCCAGCGCCCAGAAGUGGAGGAGAUGAUCAGAGAGAUGGGAGUUGGGCAGGCAGCAGUGGAGCAGCUUGCGAUCUACUGUGUCUCCCUCAAAAAGGAAUAUGAGAACUUGAAGGAGGCUCGGAAGAUCUCUGGUGAGAUGGCAGAGAAGCUGAAGAAGGAGCUGUUUUCUGUCAAUAAUAAGCUGCAGAAAACAACUUCAGAGUUGGAGAAGACCAAGGAGGAGUUAAAAAACACUCAGAAAGAUCUGAAGAAUGCAGACAAGGAGAUCUUGAGUUUGAAGAAGAAGAUAGACAUCCUGCAGGAUACUCUGAAAGUCCCAUCUGUAACCAGGGAAACACUCAGCAGGCUAGUCUUUGAAAGUCCUGCUCCCGUGGAACUGCAGCAUCCAAAGCUCCACCGCCCGGCCCACAGCGACGAGAUCAAUCUCGAUGCUACUUACGAUGUGGACACCCCUGAACACCAGCCCUGCACAGCUCCCUUCGGCCCUGCAAAAAGGCAGAAGAUGGAUAAAAAGCUGCCUCCUGUGGUAAAUCUGGCGAAGAAAGUUCUGAAGGAAGCAGUGGAGAAUGGGGCAGAUGAUCUGGAGGAUGAUGCUCUUAAAGGACUCUUGCCAACAUUCAUCAGGAACUCUGUUCUCUCCAAGAAAUCAUCUUCAGGUGGUUUGCUGGGUUCCCACAAGAACAUGGGCUCGGUGAGGACGGGCUACGAUGGCAUGGGAGGCAGGACAAAGUUCAUAGAGCCAACAAACCUGGCAGAAAUCCGUCCGUUAUCAGUUAGGAGCAAGAAGAAGGUCUCCAGACCAGUGUCUGCAGCUCCUGCGUUUUCCUCCGGCAGCAGCCAGGCCAGAAUGGACACUUUCCUGCUGUGAGAGCCCCUGACUUCCUGGGAGAGGCUUGGAAGAGGCUGCAGGGCAGAGCACACCUGAGGACAGAGCCUGGCACGAGGCAGUGUGCAGUCAUCACUGCCUGGGGUACUGUUUGCAAAGCACUGAUGCUGCCCUGCCCGGUGGAGGAUCCUGCCCUUGCAGCAAGCCUCUGGAGGCCAAGCCUCUGCCUCAUGCCUGGUCUGAGUUACCCUCCUCACUUUACCAUUCCUUCCUCCUUUUUUCAUGCAGAAUUAACAGGGUUUUCUUGUC